AUGAAGCUCCCGAAGCCGUGGUGGGCGGGCGGCGGCCUCCUGAACCUCACGGUGCUGCUGAGCUUAGCUAGGCUCCGUGUGGACCAGGAUCUCUGCCUGCCGCCGCCGGCCGCCGCACUUUGCGAGGAGCUGCUCCCACUCUGUCCCACCAGCCCCGCCUCGGCUUCUAGCCCCUUCUCGGCCUCGGAAGGCUGGGGACACUCUCCCCAGCUGCUUGCCAAGGGCCGGCUGCUGCGCGAAGUGCGCGCGCUCGGCGUCCCCUUCGUUCCCCGCACCCGCGUAGACGCGUGGCUAGUGCACAGCGUGGCGACCGGGGACGCAGACGGGGCCCACGGGCUGCUCGGCACUGCCGCCUCGUCUGCCGUGGGAAACGGCGGCCAGGCGGCACCCGCGGGCGGCGGGGACCCCCGAGAGACUCACAGCAGCCCUUUGGCUGCCGAGGAGGAGGAGGAAAAGGAGGCGGAACCGACGGCGCAGGUGCGGGACACAGGCGGACGCGAGAGCCAGGAAAAUGAUAUACUAAAAGAAAAGAGUGAAGCUGUGGAUCACAGUUCCCAGCAUGAGGAAGAUAAGAAAGGAGUGUCAGCCCAUGUAAAAUCACUACAGCUGGGUAGGAAAGAUGAAAGCAAAACAACAGAUGCACCUGUCUGGAGUGGAGGGACAGUCACAGAGUCCAGAAAUGAGAAUCACCUACACUGGUCCGAUACAUCUUUCUUUCUGGAAGAUUUAUUUCAACUGCUUUCAUCACAGCCUGAACAUUCCCUGGAGGGCAUCUCACUGGAAGACAUUCCACCCAUUCUAAAUAGUAUCAAUGCAAGUGUAAAUUCCUCAGCACAUCACAUAAAUCUGAGCCACGCCAUAAGCCAUGAUGUUAAUCUUCAUGAAGCCAUGCUACUGUGCCCCAACACAAUAAAAGAUCCAGCAGCAAGGAUUUCACAGGCACAAGAACCAUUUCUUCAGCUAAAUUCUCACACCAAUUCUGAGCAAGCUAUUCCUGCAAUGUCUCUCCCAACUGUUGACAAUCAAAUGAGGAAUCUAACAAGUCAAGAUCUCAUAUAUGACACUGAUUCAAAUAUCUUUGACGGAAUAAACCUAAUGUCACUGGCUACAGGUUUCAAUCCACUGGAAGUUUCUCAACUUUUUGAAGAUCCAGACUCUGAUUCUGGGAUCUCAUUAAAUUCAAGUUACAACCCCUCUAUCACCAAGUCUAAUUCCUCUCACUGUAUGUAUGAUGGUGCUGUAGGUUACAGUAGUGACCUUGAAUCUCUCAAUCAUGAUUUAGGUGCUGUAGGAGGCUGCUGCCCAGAACACUGUCAUAUGGAUAUUAGGACUAUGUCUGGCUUUUACCAGGAUCUUGAAUGUCAGCAAGUAUUUCAUGACCACACUUACCACUUACAACCAGGUGUACCAGAGCCCACAUCUGAAUCUUUGACACGGUCCAAGAAGUCUCAGAAAAUCAGUGGGUGCCUUGACUCAGACAGAAAUUUGAGUCGUGACGAACAGCGUGCUAAAGCUCUGCAUAUUCCCUUUUCUGUAGAUGAAAUUGUCCACAUGCCUGUUGACUCUUUCAACAGUAUGCUAAGCAGGCACUACCUAUCAGACUUACAAGUUUCUCUCAUUCGUGACAUCAGACGAAGAGGAAAAAACAAAGUUGCUGCUCAAAACUGUCGUAAACGUAAACUAGACAUCAUUUUGAAUCUAGAAGAUGACAUAUGUAACUUGCAAACACAGAAGGAAGCCCUGAAGAAUGAGCAAAAUCAAUGUAACAAAGCUAUUGACAUAAUGAAACAGAAACUGUAUGAGCUCUACCAUGAUGUUUUUAGUAGGUUAAUAGAUGACCAAGGUAGGCCAGUCAAUCCAAACCACUAUGCACUUCAGUACAACAAUGAUGGAACUGUUUUGAUUGUACCUAAAGAACUAGUCACAUCAGGACACAAAAAGGAAGCCCCAAAGGGAAAGAGGAAAAACUGAACAAACUAUUACUGUUACUUGAA